CACCAGAAGCAGAAGCACAUUACAGUUGGCCAGUACGGAAAGGGUUUUCUACUUCUUUUCUCUUUGGUAGGGAUCUGAGUGGUCCACAGAGAAGCAUACAGACGUUAUCAGUGGAUAUUUUAUUUUCUGACCUCCCUUUGAAUCUGUCAUUGUGAAAACUGUCACAAUGUCCAAAGUAACCAAUCUGCAAAAACUGCGGCAAGAGAGGAUGAGAGAGAUCAACCUGCGGAAUAAAGAGAGAGAGCGCAUGAGGGAGCGAGAGAAGGCUGCGAGGGAGAGGGAGGCGCGUUACAGCAACGGUCACCUGUUCACCUCACUGACAGUGUCAGGAACCACGCUCUGUUCAGCAUGUAACAAGAGCAUCACUGCCAAGGAGGCUCUCAGCUGCCCUACAUGUAAUAUCACCAUCCACAACCGCUGUCGAGACACUUUGCCGAACUGUGCCAAAGUAAAACAGAGGCAGCAGAAGAUGGCCCUAAUGCGGAAUAACUCAUCCCUGCAGAAUGUCACACUACGCACAAAAAGUACAGGAAUGCGCGAGCGUCCGAGUUCAGCCAUCUACCCUUCUGACAGCCUCAGACAGUCUCUGCUAGGAUCCCGCCGCGGUCGCUCCAGUCUAUCACUGUCCAAGAGUGUCUCCACUAACAACAUUGCAGGAACCCUGAAUGAUGACUCUCCCCUGGGGUUGCGCAGGAUCCUGUCUCAGUCCACAGACUCCCUCAACUUCAGAAACAGAGCUAUAUCAAUGGAAUCUCUCAAUGAUGACGGUGAUAGCUACUACACUUCCGUGAUGGAGGAGAUGGAGUUCGAGGGCCAGGACUUUAAGGCUGACUCUUGGAGCAUGGCCGUGGAAAGCAGUUACCUGCAGUCACACAGCAAAAACAUAAUCAAGAGGCAGGAUGUCAUCUAUGAGCUGAUACAGACAGAGGUGCACCAUAUGCGAACACUGCGCAUCAUGGAACGGGUAUUCCAGCAGGGCAUGCUGGAUGAGCUCCAGCUGGACCCAGGCAUUGUGCAUAACAUGUUCCCCUGUCUGGACCAGCUGCUCAGCAUACAUUCCCAUUUCCUGACACAACUUCUCCUGCGGCGCAACAUCAGCCUGGAGCCUGAUUCUAGUUGCAACUUCACCAUUCACCAACUGGGGGACAUACUAAUCGAGCAGUUCUCAGGUCAGUGCGCAGAUGACAUGCGGAAGACCUACGCUGAGUUCUGUAGCCGUCACUUAAAGGCUGUCAAAUUGUACAAGGAGCUGCUGGCCAGAGACAAGAGGUUCCAGUGCUUUAUACGGAGGGUGUGUCGAGGACCCUGGCUACGGUGCCAUGGUGUUCAGGAGUGUAUCUUAUUGGUGACUCAGCGGAUCUCCAAGUAUCCUGUCCUUGUUCAGCGCAUUCUGGAUAACGCCACUGAUGAUGAAGAAGAAGCCUCUUCUUUGGCUCAGGCUUAUCAGAUGGUCAGAAAACUUCUUAGUUCAAUAGACCAACAGAUGGAGGAAAUGGAGAAGACACAACGGCUGCAGGAGAUCCAAGCAAAGCUGGAUCCACGGGCCGAGGCCAGAGUAAGAGACGGUCGACUUUUCAGGCAAGGAGAAUUGCUGCGCCGGAGCCUCGUCCAUGAAGGGAUGCUGUUCUGGAAAAACCCAGGAUCCCGACUCAAAGAUGUACAUGUCCUACUGAUGACAGACAUCCUGGUAUUACUGCAGGAGAAAGACCAGAGGUACAUCUUUCCUAGUCUGGACAAAUCUCCAGUGCUGUCCCUUCAGAACCUAAUAGUGAGAGAUAUAGCCAAUCAGGAACGAGGCAUGUUCCUCAUCAGUGACUCCACCCCUCCUGAGAUGUAUGAGUUCCACGCUGCCACCAAAGAAGACAAGAACAUCUGGAUACGACACAUCCAGCGCACUGUCAGCAAGUGCCCAUCAAGACAAGAGUUCCCCCUCAUAGAGACUGAACACAAGGCCCACCUGAGAAGACUAAAAGCUGAGCUCCAGCAGAAGGACAGGGAGAUGUUGGAGCUUCUGCAGGAAAGAGUGACUGUGUUCUGUGAGCUGGCAGAGGUAACAAGUGGUGAGGAAGGUUUACAUCCUCCUAUCAUGCGUUACUUGUUCAGGGCAGACACACCUCAAGCUCCACGUGCAGAGAAACUCCUACUGGAUGCCACCUCUGAAGUGGACAGGUUGAGUGAGCUCCUCCUGGGCUGCAGUGUGGACAUCCCUCUUGUGUGCCAUCACAACCACGUCGACGGUGUAGAAACCACAGCGGGUGACUGCUGUGUUUGUCUCUGCUCAGGCGAUCAGGAUCUGUUGGUCAAUGGAAGCCAUGAAGUCCCUGCUGCAAAGGAUUGCUCGAGAAGUGAAGACAAACCACCAUCUGCAGAGAUCUGUCAGAGGCUGAUGAAUCUCAGUGUUUAUCUCCACGCACUCCAGGGUGCUGUCAUCAAACAAGACUCCAUCUUGGAGCUGCUGCUGCAGCCACAGGACUCUUCAGCAGCAGCUACACGCCCCCUCUGGAGGGACGGUGGGAAUCGGGACACCAGCGUGGGCUCAACCAUUUCAGAGUUAGCUCUUUUGCAAAGACAACACAGCCUGCUGCAGGAUGAGCUGCUGAGGCUGCGGGAUGCCGAGAGUCGCUUCAAGGAUAGCGAGAAGGCCCGGGCCAAGCUGGAGAAGCAGGUCCGACACAUGAAGGUCGGCGGCGGGGCUUCAUCUGCCUCCCAGCAGCCAGGAGAGCAGGAUCAAUCGGGAACAGAAGUCUCACCCGGAGCCGACGGCCCCUGGAGCAGCAAAGAGCCUGUCAACCAAACCGAUGGCCUCCAAGACAGCAGUGAUUUGGAAGUAGACAUGGUUUCAGAUGAUGAUGAUGAUGGUGAUGAUGGCGACGAUGAUGAUGAUGGGACAGCAUCUGAAGGCUCCAAAGAUCUUCAAGAUAUUCCAGAGGAGUCAUGUUUUUAACUGGGACACACAUUCAUUGACUCCAACAAUAAGCCACUAUACCAGAAAGCACAACAAUGCGCAUGUCUCUCUUUUUCUGCAAGUCUUAAUAUUAUUUAGCUGCUUUGCUUUUGAGUACAU